AUGUCCAAUUUACAUGCACCCGCUGACAUUGUCCAACAGUGGCAGAGACAGUAGGUCGAGUGAGAUUUGAGGACAAUGGUCACCAUUGACGACGCUUGGAGAAUGCUCUGGUGACUGUAUGACAUAAAGGAACCGACCGUCAUCGUUUAAUUUUACAGUACACCCCCCUUUACAUGCUUUAGAUGCAAUGAUACAUGCUCUGAGGUCUAGACUCAAGUCUUCGUGAUGAUUCACAACGAGCAUCUAUGGGGGAACGAAAGUCUUCGCUUACUGUCCUUGCCCUGGACCAGCUCAUUAGGCAUUCAAGUCCUGGCACCUCUGACGAGAACCUGACAGAGCAAAGUAUCAACCUUGUGAACCUACCGUCUGUCAUCAUAACACGCAUUCUUUCCUUUCUGCCAUGGAAGGAUAAACUAGAAGUUGUCAAAUACCUACCGGGUUGGGAGGAUGAGUUAACUUCACCCGAUGCGUGGUCAUUCUUCGAGAAUACCUACACAACUAUCGCUGACCGAGGACAGAUCUUCCUUUGGCAUCAAGAAUUGUGCCUGUGCAUUCAGACCUAUGGAAAAUAUUUCCAACACUGUAAGAUUGUGCUGAAUUAUUAUGAUUUAUACGACAAUGGUUUGCAUCUCCUGGAAGCUGUCUCUGACCAGUGCUGUAAUCUCAAAACGCUUGCUCUGCAUCAUCCCAUCUGUUUCGGCUUCAACCUAGUUGAAGUGUUGCACCAGUAUGUAGACAUCUUGACUAAAAUUGUUGACCAGAGCAGGUGCCUCCGCUCUAUCUCACUGUUCGGAUUAGAUUAUCUCGCAUUAGACAGAUUCGUUGGAAUGAAUGAACUCUUUGUCAGUCUUUCGAAGGAUCAGCACUGCCCGGUUGCGCAGAGAGUGAAAGUGUUGGAAUUUUCACAUGCAUAUGAUUUUUCUGAACCAAUUCAUACGCUGACAUACUUUGAUAACUUGCAUUUCUUGAAGACAGAAAUGCAGUCCCUUAAUACGGGGAUCAUUGAUAAAUUGUGCUCCAAAAAAUUAAGGAAUCUGUACCUUGUAAACAACGGUGCUACUCUGAAUGAAGAGUUUCAUGAACACAGUAGUAUUCAUUGGGAAGAGCUUGCAUCGAAAUAUCCAGGGUUAAACGUUCAUUAUAUUUUUCAAGGCCGGACCCUCCAUUCGUGUGAUCUGGUCACAAACAGUCUAGUCAAAAGUGUUGUGUUAGACAGCAUGUGCAAUCGUGUCACUCAUGACUUGUUUGAAGCUAUUGCUCGUCACUAUGGCACACGCCUUGAACUUUUUGCACAUUUGGCGACGGAGUGGAGUUUCAUGCCAUAUGAUGAUAACCUUGAUCAAAGUGUGACAUUCAUGCAUCUGUUGUCUCAUUGUCCAUUACUAGUGAAAUUCUUGAGUCAGGUUGCAGUUUCUAGCUCUGCUUUAUUAGAAAUGGCAGAAUCAAAGCAGCUGAGUGAGAUCGCUGUUGUCGAAAAUGAACUUUUGUUCGACAUCGAUUACGCUGAAGAUCCAGAGAUGUAUUUCAGAAUCCGAAUGGACAAGUUAAUGGGGGAACGUUGGAAACUGUUUGGUGAUGAGGAAUUUGCAUCUUACGCUCAGUAUCUGCAUAAAGCUGGCUGUCGCAAAACAAGCUAGAGGUUCAAUGCUCAACAGUGGGUUAUAAACUUUUGAUUUUCUUGAAAAUAGUUCAGCUAUUUUCCAAUCAGGCAAGAUUUUUUGUCAGGUAGAAUAAAUUCCGUGCUCAUGGAUAGGUUAUUUGAUAAUUAAGCCAACUGAAAAGGAAUACACACAUGAUACAUCUGUUGACAAAAUGCUUUCAUGUACAUGCCUCUGUACAAUCAACACAUAUUAUUCAAGACUACUUAUUGUUCAAUCAACCUGGUGUCUGCUUUAAGUCGCUGUGUGCCAAAUAGAUUCUGCAUUUGUAUUUAGCUGUUCAACUGAUUUAUAAAACAUUGGGAAUGUGCUUCAUAUUGCAAUUAAAUAUUGUGCUGUAAAAUA